UUUCCCAGAACUACCAGGAAUGAUGGUUCUUACUGGUCUUUUGACUGCCCUCAAUUUAGCAGGAGCUGGGUCUGAAGUCAAUGUUCCUCAAUGUUCAUUCUUGCAGGCUAUAGAAUAACGCUUGUGAUUAUCAUUAGAUCUCCCCAUUCGCCUCGGCUAAGGAAGAUGGCUGAAACAGGUGUGACUCAGGAGCUGGUGACGUUUGCUGAUACAGCUGUUCAUUUCCUGGAGGACGAAUGGGCUCUGCUGGAUCCCAGUCAGCAAACCCUCUACAAGGCUGUGAUGCAGGAGAACUAUAGCAAUGUGAAGUCACUGGGAAAUCCAGUUCUGAAACCUGAACUUAUUUCCCAGUUGGAACACGGAGAAGAGCCAUGGAUGAGAGACUCCAAGGAAUCGGAGGAGAGGGGAGUCCCACCAUAUGCCAACCUGGGUCCGCAUUCUUUGAAGAUGGAUAUGAACAAUGCUCACCCGGUCCCCCUUGCCUCUGAAGCAGUGCCAGCCGCUACAGCUGUUCAGCAGACCUCAGUGGCGAAGGCCACUUACCACAGGAGGGGCCCAGGACGACGCCAGCGGUGCCGGCAAUCGCUGCGGCAGACGAGCUUCCAGCGGAUGAUGCACUCCACGAGGGACAAGAUUCUGGAGGCGGCUCAGUCUCUCGUGGCUGCCCACUGCCGGAUGGAAGAGAAGCUGCUGCAGUUCCUGAACAGGCAGAGCCAGUUCCUCGAGCACAUGGAAGGCCUGCUUGUGCGGAAAAGAAGCAGCACCAGAGAUCUCAACCAGACCGAGAAGAUCGCAGGAUUGCUAAACAAUACGGUUCUGUCCUUCCCAGAGGGUCAAGUGGCUUUGCUGGAUUCCAAUCCAAGGGCUGUGGAGGGAGCCAUCAUGCAGGAAGACCACGGCAGUGUCAUCUCAUUGGGAGGCAAUGAGCACGAAAGAAUCUAUGGGCGAGAGGAUCCCCGUUACUGCUCCAUCUACAGCAAAAGCUUCGGCGACAAAUCGACUCUCCUGAAUCAUGAAAGGCCCGGCACAGCCGAGAAACGUUACAAGUGUUCUGACUGCGGGAAAUGCUUCAAGAAAAGGUCGGCCCUCCUCACCCACGACCGGACCCACACUGGCGAAAAGCCGUACAAAUGCUCAGAGUGUGGGAACAGCUUCAGUAACAAAUCCAGCCUUACGAGGCAUAAGAGGAAACACACCGGAGAGAAACCCUUCUGCUGCUUGAACUGUGGGAAAAGGUUCAGCCAGAGCUCCAGCCUCAUCCGGCACAUGAGGAACCACACGGGCCUGAGGCCGUACAUCUGCUCGGACUGUGGCAAAAGCUUCAAGCAGAGCUCCAGCCUCCUCGUCCACGGGAGGACCCACACGGGAGAGACUCCGUACAGCUGCUCGAUCUGCGGGAAGCGCUUUUCUCAGAGCUCCAACCUUGUGAAGCACGAGAGGAUCCACACCGGAGAAAAGCCCUACCGGUGUCCGGAUUGUGGGAACACCUUCAGCAACAAGUCCAGCCUUACGAGGCAUAAGAGGAACCACACGGGGCAAAAGCCGUAUAAAUGCGCGCUGUGCAGCAAGCGGUUCAAGCAGAGCUCGGGCCUUCUCAAGCACGAGCGGAUCCACGCCCGGCAGGGCCUCUCGAAAUACUCCGAUCCUGGCAAGCGCUUCGACCUGAAUCCUGGCCUGACGGCGCACGAGAAGGCCCGUGCGGGCGAGGCCGUAUAAACGGCUUGCCCCCUAAGGAAAGCUCUAUUCCAAGAUCAACUCUUCUUUCGAAUGGGGUAAAGCA